CUUCCGUAAUACGCCAAAAACAUUCUCUCUUCCUCUCUCAUUAUAAAAAUACGAAACCUCAAAGAGAUUCACCACUCUCUCAGGAGAUUCACUCCAACCCGGAUCCGAUUACGCAGACCGAUCCAGUUUGAGACUUAGCUGGCGUGCGGUGAUUGGUAGGUGGCACGAGAAGAAUUCGCAAUUCCGUUACAAAAAAAUGGGCUGCGUUAACUCGAAGCAGACGGUCUCCGUGACGCCGGCGAUCGAUCACUCGGGCGCCUUCAAGGAGAACGAGAACGAGUGCUCCGGAUCGGGUCGGGUGGUGAUCGAGGAUCCGCCUCGCCCGAUUCUCAAGAAGCUCGCGUCGUGGAGGAGUAGGAGCUGGAAGAGGAGCCAGAAGAGUGAGCUCGGGAGCGAGUUGGGCGAGUCGGGACGUGGUAGCGACUCGCUGAGUUUCCGUCUCGGUAGCAUCAGCAAAUACAUUGAAGCGGAGCAGGUCGCUGCCGGCUGGCCUGCGUGGCUGAGCAACGUGGCUGGUGAAGCUAUCCAUGGCUGGGUCCCACUUCGAUCUGACGCUUUCGAAAAGCUCGAGAAGAUUGGACAAGGGACUUAUAGUAGCGUGUUCCGUGCGGUAGAGACUGAAACUGGGAGGAUUGUGGCAUUGAAGAAAGUGAGGUUCGACAAUUUCGAGCCAGAGAGUGUGAAGUUUAUGGCAAGAGAGAUUUUGAUACUCAGAAAACUCAAUCAUCCCAACGUUAUCAAGCUGGAAGGUUUGAUUACUUCCAAACUAUCUUGCACCAUACAGCUCGUGUUUGAGUAUAUGGAGCAUGAUCUCACUGGUCUUCUUGCUUCCCCUGACAUCAAAUUCACUACGCCACAGAUUAAGUGUUACAUGAAGCAGCUGUUGUCUGGGCUUGAUCAUUGUCACUCUCGAGGUGUGAUGCAUCGGGACAUAAAGGGUUCCAAUCUUUUGUUGAGUAAUGAAGGAAUACUAAAAGUGGCUGAUUUUGGGUUAGCCAACUUCAGCAACUCUUCAGGGCAUAAGAAGAAACCACUUACCAGUCGAGUUGUCACUCUGUGGUACCGUCCACCUGAGCUUUUGCUUGGGGCAACAGACUAUGGAUCAGCUGUUGAUUUGUGGAGUGUUGGUUGUGUUUUCGCUGAGUUGCUUCUUGGGAAACCUAUUCUCCGGGGAAGAACUGAGGUUGAACAGCUGCACAAAAUAUUCAAACUGUGUGGAUCUCCACCAGCAGAAUACUGGAAAAAAUCCAAACUUCCUCAUGCAAUGCUUUUCAAGCCACAGCAAAACUAUGACAGCUGUCUCCGGGAAACCUUGAAAGAUUUGUCUGAGAUUGAAAUCAGUCUGAUAGAAACUCUUCUUUCUAUAGAUCCCCUAAAACGCGGUACUGCCUCCAGUGCCCUUGUUUCUGAGUAUUUUACUACAGAGCCUUUUGCUUGUGAUCCCUCAAGCUUGCCAAUGUAUCCGCCUUGCAAGGAGAUAGAUACAAAGCAUCGGACAGAAGCAACAAGGAAAAAGAUUAGCGGGAAUGGAAGACGUGGUGUAGAAGCGAGGAAGCCAUCACGGAAGGCCCUUUCAUUCAAUAAAUUGGCACCAGCUGAGGAAAGAGUUGGUCAUUUAGUUCCUAUUUCGAUUGAAAGUGAUGCCAAGUUCUGUGGGAAGCUGCAAACCCAGUUAGAUCCUAAGAAAGACGAAGCUUCCCAUGUGAAAAAUGCAUCCCAAGGUGAUGUACCUUUCUCAGGGCCGUUACAAGUUUGUAAAUCAAGCAGUUUUGCUUGGGCGAAACGAGAAAAAGAUGAAGCAUGCGUUAGGGUAUAUAAUCGUUCUCUUUCAAGAGGUCACCUUCCUAAUAGUUCUGGACGUUCUCCCGUCGAACCUAAGAGAAAUGAGAGUAAAAAUGAUGACAAACGUGAAGACAAGACAGAUUCUCGAGGCCAGGAGUCAUACGAGGCAGUGAAACGUUCUAUGCUGAAGCAGUGGAGACAACUUGAACGUCCAGAUUCUUUUGGUGCAUCUGACGAGUAUCACUCACAAGAACAGUCAUUGGGACAGAGAGAUAAAAUGGCAACAAAGAAGGGUAAUAAUUUGGGUGAUGAUGGGGACAAGAUUGAAUUCUCGGGCCCUUUGCUGUCUCAAUCUAAUGGAGUUGAUGGACUAGUGGAAUGGCACGAGCGCCGCAUCAGCAAGCUAGUUCGAAAACCGUGGUUCCAGAAAGAUAAAUACAGGGGAAGUGAAAUGGUUGUAAACUUCUAUGGCCAUCACAAGGCUCACAAGUAGAUGGAGAACAGAGCUCCAAGAACCUGUGAUUGUCAAUCAAGAUGGAGAAAAAGGCCAUACAGCAUUUUGUUGUUUUUAUUUAAUUUUUACGGUAUAAGCUACACCUUUUGAGAGCCAAUUCAAUUGUGUAUGAUUCAAAGGCACUGAUGUAUAGAUCUCAGUUCCUAAAUUAUUACUUAAGCACUA